AUGGGCUCCUUGGAAAAGGUGGCUCAUUAUGAGAGGACGUACACACAAUAUCAUGUCAUAGUAAAUGCCUUAAAAUUAUUUUUUUUAAAAAAGUAUUUGCAACAUGGGAGUCCAUCCAUCCACGGUUGGAACAUUGUUGAGUGUACUGAGAAGAAUAAUUCGUCUUACCUGACCUCUGCCCAGGGAGGCAACAGAGAUUCAAAUGACACAACACAGGGGGGACGAAGCACGCAUGAGAAAAAGACAAAUGUAAGCACUUCAAAUGGUGACUCAAAGUUAGACGAAGACCAUCAGCACGUUACACCAUAUGAUGAAACAAGGAAAACACCAACAGAGUCAGAGCCCCACGUGUUUGAGAGCGACCCUGCCGCCAUCCAUUAUUGGAACACGAAGAUGAAGAACAAGAAAACGCACCCUCCACACUACAAUAUAGACCCAUCGGCCAAAACGAAAAAAAUUCAAAUAUACUACAACUGCGAAAUGACCGAUAUGGAAAGAAAAAUUUUUAAAAUUAAAAAAUUUUUGCAAAAUGGAAAUCCCGUAGAUAUUCUUUUAAUUUAUGAAAGGGAUAGCGACUGCGACGCCAAGGGCACCCAAAAGAGCGGCGAAAAAAAAAAAAAAAAAUGA